CACAAUGACAAUUGGAUGAUAACGGGUGAUCAUGCGGGAUACGUAAAAUAUUGGCAGUCUAACAUGAACAACGUCAAGAUGUUCCAAGCGCACAAAGAAGCACUUCGUGGCAUAAGCUUCAGCCCUUCGGACAACAAAUUCGUUACGUGUUCGGAUGACGGCACCCUGCGCAUUUGGGACUUUUUUCGGUAUCAAGAAGAGCAAGUACUCAGAGGUCAUGGAGCUGACGUAAAAUGUGUUCACUGGCACCCUCAGAAAGCCCUCAUCAUAUCUGGUAGCAAAGACAACCAGCAACCUAUAAAAUUAUGGGAUCCCAAAUCGGGACAAUCAUUGGCGACGCUGCACGCUCAUAAAUCGACUGUGAUGGAUUUAAAGUGGAAUGAUAACGGCAAUUGGCUAAUCACAGCUUCUAGAGAUCAUUUGCUGAAAUUGUUCGACGUCAGAAAUCUUAGCCAAGAAGUCCAAACAUUUAGGGGUCACAAAAAGGAAGCUUCGAGUGUAGCGUGGCACCCUAUUCAUGAAGGACUUUUCAGCAGUGGCGGUUCCGAUGGGGCCAUUAUGUUUUGGCACGUGGGUGCUGAUAAAGAAGUAGGAGCAAUAGAACAAGCGCAUGACAGUAUAGUUUGGACUCUUUCGUGGCAUCCGCUCGGACAUAUUCUUUGCUCCGGAUCUAACGAUCACACUAGUAAAUUCUGGACAAGGAACAGGCCCGGAGACCAAAUGAGGGAUAAAUACAAUUUGAACACACUACCAUCGGGAAUCGCAGGACUGGAAGAUUUAGAAAUGGGUAAUAACGACGAACCGACUUCGAUAAUUCCUGGAAUGGGUCCUGAAGAUAAAGUUGAUAUUACCUCCAUUAUAACCGAUGAAAAUCAAGCAAUUCCAGGAUUGGACUUGGACGGUAUCGGUAAUGAAGAAAAACCAAAGCCUAAGAAAGUGCCUUUCAGCAAACCCAUUCCACGUAAUUUCCAAGCUCAAUGGAACGAGACAAAUGAUGAUCCUGCAGGAGCUCUUAGUGAAGUCAUUACACAAAUUGUAGAAAAUACUCCUGGAGUAGUUCCUUUGCAGCAAAUUGCCCCUAAUGCUAUAAUAAUAUACGGGAAACUGAUUCCAGUAGAACCCGGAUCAAAACUGGAACAGGCAAUUGCCGACGGACCGGACGCCCUCCAGAAAUUCAUAGCUUCAGGCCAAAUCGAAGAGCUUCACGACGUGAUGCCGUUAAACGACGAGGAAGACUAUCUGAACGACGACUAUGACGAUGACAACGAUAAAAGCAACAUUCCAAGCAAAGACCUCAAAAACUCGAAAACGGAUUUCGAUAUGCGGCAUUCUGAUCAAGACAUGAGGCAGUUCAGCGGAAGGGAUAGCGACAUGCGCAACAUGGGCGACGUUGACUUUAGAAAAGCUCCUAUGGAUAUCGACUUCCGAAAUAAACCACGUAGAGACUUUGAUAUGCGGAACUCUCUGCGUAAUAAACCCCUAGACGAAGAUUUCCGUUACAACAAGAGGGACGACAAAGAAUUCAGGAAUAAUCAGUACGACGAAGAAGAAGAUUAUAACGAAGACUUUUAUGAAGAUGGAAACUGGCCCCGCAACGGGAAGUUCAACAAUUUCCGUCGAGGUCGGGGUAACCUUUCGGCAGGCAGAGGUAAAAUGCCCUUCAACCAGGACUUCAGAGGAAAUAGUUUCAAACCGAACAGUGGCAAACCGGACGACAGGAAAUGGGGCAACCAAAAAGAAGAUAGUUGGGAUCAACAAAGCGACAGCAAAUGGAAAGACAACAGCGAUGACAACUGGAACGAUAAAAUGGAUGGUAACUGGAACGACGACGGAAACUGGAACGACCAAAACGAAGGCAACUGGAACGAUCCAAGCGAAGACAGCUGGAACGACCUUGGAGAUGACGGUUGGAAUGACCGUAACGAAGAUGAGUGGACUGAAAUGCCUCCUUCUUCCUCCAAUGACUUCCGAGGCAGAGGAAGCAACCACAGGGGGCAGAGAGGGGGCGGUCCGAGAGGGAGCAGAGGCAACCAGCGCGGUAGAGGGGGAAUCGCUCUGGGAAGCGGAAGGGUUCAAAAGAUAGGAAGAGGCGGCGGUGGUAACAGAGGCUCAAGGGGAGGUCCUGGCAUUAGGGGUCCGAGGGGCGGUGGCCCUGGUAAAAGAGGCGGCAGUUGGGGUCAGAGGGGAAAUCGCGGGCUAGGUCGCGGUAGGGGAGAUCAGGGAGGGCGAGGACGGUUUUCGUGAGUGCAUUGAUGUAGUGCAUGUUCCAAUAAUUUGGACACUUGGAAUGAACUCUGUUUUUUUUUGUUGGAAAAACAUUCGUACUCGUUUCAGUUACUCACGUAUUGAGGUAACGACUAUGCUACCCAUUUCGUUAUAAUAGCAGACUGAGUGAUGUCAGCUGUGAGAAAUACUGGAACUUUAUUAUUGAUUGAUUUUGUAUAAUUGUAUGAUUAGUAGCUAACAGUUAGCUGGUAUAAUUUUUGACUUGCUAUUUCGAUAUGAUUAAAUUUUUGUUUUUUGUAUAUAAGAGGUAAAUAAAGUAGUUGAUGAAUAA